AUGGCAGCAGAGCGCAGCCGGGUGCAUUCGCGGGACCCGUGCCAGACGUACGAGCCAACGGCCCAACCACCGCACAUCGAUCCCCUAACAAGCGCUUCCUCUCGGGCCUCGUCGUCACCUGGCCGCCGACGGCCAGCGAACCCCAGUCUCUCUCGCUCCACCUCGCCACACCACCGCCACCGCCACCCGUCCUGCUCCUCCACCACGCCACCGCCACCACCCGGCCCGCUCCACCACGCCACCCCGCCACCACCCGGCCCGCUCCACCACGCUACAUCGCCACCACCCGGCCCGCUCCACCACGCCACCAUGCCCCCACCCGCGGCCGCUCCACUUCGCAAUCACCACCGCCCGACCCGCUCCACGCCAUGUCAUCACCACGGGGCCGCUCCACCUCAUCCGUUCGCGCCCGACGCCACCACCUCAUCUCCACCUCUCCCUCCACCAUCAUGCGGCCCCGUCCACCUCAUCACCACCACAGAUCCCUCACCACCACCGCCAUCCCCGACCCUUUCCUGUACCAUUAUCAUUAUCGGCGUCCACCUGGUCACCGCCACCACACUCCUCACCACACCGCUCACCCCGCAUCACUAUUAUCACCAUCAUCACUAA